GUUGACGCUAGUCGUGACGAGGCAGGGAAGUUAAGGCUUGGCGAUUGGGAAUCUUGUGCGAAGCCAAUCUAUGACAGGGAUAGAAGGAAGGAAGUGGCUGUCGCGGAGUUAUGUGGUCCGAAACCACGAGCAGCGCAGAGUGCGGAAGACGCUCAAGCACUGGAAGGCUGGACCGCUUGUUCGAAAGAGGUAAUUUGUUAGAGAUCUGCUGAGCUUUCAGCUUUGCUCGACUUCUUGAGAUUUUCGAAGCAGUGAUGUCCUAAAGAACAGCACAAUGAUCAUGCUUCCUCUUUUUUGAUUCGAUUUCGAACGAUCCAAGUACGUAGUCACUCAAUGCAAAGAAAUAAGCAUCAAAAUUGAAUUUGAACUACCUCCACCUAUAUUUAUUAAAAGCAACAGGCUGAAACAUCCGCUGACGUCGACGAGAGAGCUUCUGCUGAACGCGCGGCAUUUGCCGCUUCACGUGCAGACGAGGCUUACGGUGAUCUUCCACCUCCCGACGACUCUGCUAUCGCAAAGCAACGCGCACAGUUGGAUACCGAAAUCACUGGUGGCGUGGAGUACGACCUUCCACUUUACCGGGUUUCGGAC